AUGCUAUAUGAGUUUCAUCGCUCUGAAAAUGAGAAGAAACCAAAGUCUGUCCAUGCGACUUAUCUGUUGACCGGAAUUUCUGGUCACAUCAAACCAUUGCCUUUGAGUAGAAAUCAUUUGAAAGAUGGCGAAGAUGAGGUGAUGCAGAGCAGUCCCGUGGUGGGCAGUCAGCCAGCUCAACCCGAAACGACAGAAACUGUGGCUGGACCUGCUAUUACUUCUGUGUUACUCGUUCCGGAAGAAGAAUUGGAGGGCAAGUCUUUUGAGUCUGGAUUGGGACCGGAUUAUGCUAACAUCUUCUCCAGAUGCAAAGUCCCGUUUCCAGAAGACUUGAAUGUGUUGGCAGACAUUGGACAGGUAUCAUCUACUUCUCCUGGGGACGAUGUCUUUCAACACAAUGAAAAGUAUGGGAUGAUCCAGAACAAGAAUGUUAAGAGACGAUCGGGAACACCAGCGUCUAUGCCGAUGCCCAUUAAAGAAGAGAACCCAACACAGAAAACCGCGGUCAAAAAGGCCGAACAAGAGCCUCCCGGUAAGAAAUCCAUGACCCAGCCUACGGAUAAGAAGCCAGAACCAUCUUCAACUCCUUUUCGGGCACUGGGAAGCUCGCAGUCAACAACCAAAUCGUCUCAAGGCAAGCCUACACACAAACGUGACUCUUCAAGUAUAUUCAAAGCUUUCGCCAAAUCAAGGCCAAAGCAACAGGCGAAGGAUGACGAUGCAGAUGUAAGAAAACUCCUUCGUCCCUUAGGGAAAUGGCAUUAA